UCUCAUCCUACGGCAUAUUCGCCCUCCUUCCUUUAUAUCUUCCCCUUUCUCCUUCACCUCUCCUUAGAAAAAUUCCCCCUUUUCUGCGCUCGUUGCCUCUCGAUCCUUGUUAGCUUCGAUUCUUGGAGAUGAAAUUUGGGAAGAACCUCAGCAACCAGAUCGAGGAGACGCUGCCGGAAUGGAGGGACAAGUUCCUCUCCUACAAGGACCUCAAGCGGCGGCUCAAGCUCAUCUCCGUCGCCGAGCGGCCGGCCAAGCGGUCCAAGGUGGCUGAUGAGGACGCGGUCGGCGACGUCGCUCCUUCCUCCACGGCUGUGGAGGAGGAGGAGUUCGUGAGUCUCCUCGAGGCCGAGCUCGACAAGUUCAACACUUUUUUCGUUGAGAAGGAGGAGGAGUACAUCAUCCGACAAAAGGACCUGCAGGAUCGAGUCACUGAGGCCAUCUCUAGGGAUUCCAAGGAGGAGUUGAUGAAAGUGAGGAAGGAAAUUGUAGACUUUCAUGGGGAGAUGGUUCUUCUGGAGAACUACAGUGCCCUUAACUACACGGGUCUAGUGAAAAUACUGAAGAAGUAUGACAAGAGAACAGGAGCACUUAUCAGGCAGCCAUUCAUCGAAAAGGUGCUGCAGCAGCCAUUCUUUACAACUGAUCUCCUAUACAAACUCGUGAAGGAGUGUGUGGCUAUGCUCGACCACCUCUUCUCCAGCAACAACUUGUCAAUUUCAGCAGAAUGCGACGGACAGAAUGGAGUGCCAAAGCCGGCACAAUCAGGUGGGAGGGUGCCGGAGUUGGAGGAGAUUAAAUAUAUGCAGAGCUUAUACAUGAAGAGCACCGUAGCAGCGCUGCGGUCCUUGAAACAGAUUAGGAGCAAAAGUUCAACAGUCAGUUUCUUUUCACUGCCUCCUUUGCAGAGUACUGGAUUGGAAGAAAGGUGGAGCAACAAUGUUCCAGUGGUAGAACAGGUAGCCAAGUAACGACAUUACGCUAGUGACCUUUUGUUAAUCUAUAAUCUGCUUCGAAGUGGUUUCACUCUCUAUUCCCAUAAUUUUCACAUGCUUGUACGCUAAUCUAAUCAUACAUGUUAAUUCUAAGAAUAUAGGUCGUAUCAUCUUGUGCAAAAUUGGAUGUUCUAGAGACUGAAGAGCAUAGUGAAAAAUGGAAAUCACUUGAGAUUACCUUGCA